CUUCAGACCGGUCUGCCGGGAGUGGGGUCCGCCUGCAGGGCCGCCGGCAGAUUAUAACUUGGCGAAGUCUUCUGGUUGCGUCCACAGUGCUCCAUAGCCGCAGAGAUGAGCUCAAGUACGUACAUCUUUGCAAUUCUGGUGCUGAAAGGAGUCUGCUCAGCACCAACAUCGCAGAUAAAGCCAGAUAAAGUUGCCAUUCUUGAACAAGAGAACGAUUUCAAUGGCAUCAACCCCUGGCGCUGGAGGUCAACACUGCAUGGUGUGGCAGGUGAUGGCGGCAUAACGCACGAUGAUGGUGUGGGCCAAACGCAUGGUGACGGUGUGAACCAGACGCACACACCAUCUGUGACAGACUGUGCGCCUGGUGCCGGAUGCUGCAACGGGAGUGAGGCACUGUGUGGCACGAGGGUAGACAACACGACCCAGGUGGACAACACGACCCGGGUAGACAACACAACCUGGGCAGACAACGCGACGCACGAGGACAACACGACCCUCAGCUACAAGAAGAGCGAUGGUCAGCCUCACGACGAGUCUACAUCGCUGACAGCUGACGGGGAGUCAGAGGCGCUGCAGGGUGGCUACACGUGGACGUCUCCAGAGGGCAUCACAUACACUGUCACGUACACGGGUGACGUCCCCACGAUCAUCCAGCAGGGGGCAGGUGGGGUUGACAGUCCACUGGUGUCGCCGUUUGGUGGUGACCAGCCGCAGCCUGAGGGCCCAGAGAUAGACGUAUUCGGGCGGCAACCGGAUGAACCUGGCUUCCUCGGCAGGCCUACGAUCUCUGGUAACGCAGCACUGUCUCUAAUAGGACGCUGAAAGCAACGUGCUACUCUGUGUAUUGAAUACAUUACAUGAAUUACAGAACACUAAAAUCCUA